AUCUACUUAUAUUUUAUUGUAUCUAUUAUUCUUCUUUUUUGUAUAGUAUAGUCUAGUGUUAAUCAUUAUUAAGUGGUUCCCCUGAAGAUUUUUAAUUUGCGCUUCUUCCUUCCACUACCAACAGUUUAUUUAGUGUGCAUCAGCUUUUUUCACCACCACCCACUCCACAUUUCUUUUUUUUUGCUUCAGCCCAUUUUGAUUUGUUGUAGCAUUCUGCAACCCAAUCCAGAAAGCAUCGAAACUAAAUUUCCAAAUUAUUCAAUAACAAUAGCAAGACUCUAGUUCUUUCUUUAUCUAAUCAACCUUAUUAUACUAAUAGACCCCAAUAUUCACUAUGUCAGGUAGAGGUGGUCUUGGAAAUAUACAAGCCGCCGAAGCAGUGGAUGCUUCAACUUCAACUUCAUCUCCACCACUUACGUCAACUAAAUCAAAUUCACCACCUAAAGAAUUAUCUCCUACAACAUCAAAUAAAAAAGUAUAUUAUUCCACUGGUAGAGGUGGUGCCGGUAAUAUCAAAUUAUCCGAUACCAUUCCAUCUCCGAAGUUAAUACCACAAGGUUCUAGCACUCCAGCAUUGCAAACUUCAAAGGUUUCUACUGGUAGAGGUGGUUAUGGUAAUAUGAUCAAUAAUGAUGAUCCAGAAUUAACUCGUAAAUUACAAGAUGUUGACCCCCCCUCGGCAAAGAGAUCACCAAAGACCUCUACAGAAACUGAUUUAUAUGCUAUUGCUUCCAAUAAAUCAUUCUCUGUUGGUAGAGGUGGUUUCGGUAAUGUUGUUUCCACAAAGUCAAGAAGUAGUCAAAAUCUGAGUGAACAACCAAAUUUAUAUGCUGUUACUUCAUAUGGUGACAAGAAAAAUGUUGCUAUCAAAGAUAAAAAGGGAUUCUUAGGUAAAAUCAAAGAAUUCUUUGAAUCUUAGACUUUCUAUUACACUUUCAUAUACUAAUUGUUUAUUACUUCACAUUGCAUUUUGAUUUUACUUGUUUAAUGUUUACGACUACUUUUCUUCAUUUUAUAUACAUUAAUUAGAUACAUAUAUUCUAUGUU